GACGUGCCCGAGGAGAGAGACAAAUCAAAGGGGGACGGGACGUUGUCUCCAUGUUGACAUCCAGGCGUUUUGAAUCGUGUUCGCGGCGCAGCGCGCGGAUGGUCUAUUUGAAGCACGGGGCUGCGAUUUGGAGCGCGGCGCGCUGAUUUGCGGAUAACGAGGCGAGCGAGCGAGAAGAGGAGCGAUCUGCAGAGGAGGAGGAGGGAAAGAGUUGGCCUUGCAGUGUUAUUGGAGAAUCUGACUCUGCACUGGCAGGCUGUUCCAUAAUAAUGUAAUGGAAACGGGCUUUGGUCACCCCGGUUCGCGUCUGAAAUGCAUCAGCGGAAAUAUAUCUCCAACUCCCGCAGCUAAUUGUAUCAAGCAGUGGUUUCAGUUUGUCAGUGGAUGCACUCAGAGAGCCCCGGUGCCCUGCCAUGCCAUGCGCCAUGCUGAAGCAACAAGCUCAUAAUAACAAGGAGCACUAGGUUCAGCCAGCGAGGAAGCCGUGGAAAACGUCGGUGGAAAAUUUAUGGUUUAAGCCUUACUUUUGAUUCCUUUUUUUAUUUUUUUUUAUUUUGACCUAGAUACUCUGCAGCGCACCAUAGCGCAACCGCUUUCCUUGCCAUUUCUGCAGCGCUCUCUUUUGCUCUCUGCUUUCAUAGAAGACCCAAGUUGCACUCUGGGUUUUUAACAUAAAUACCAAGGACAGCUGAACUGCAAUCUGCUUUUCCGGGAGGAGCAUUUGGAAGCCAACAAAAUGGAUGUUCCAAUUUACAGCCGGCCUUUGUUGGAGUUGAAAAUGUGGAGGGCGGAAUGAAGGGAGCCCUAUGAGGAGGAAAGAGCUGGGACAGCAGCACUAGAUCAUCAUGGCCCAAACCAGUUUGCUGCAGGGGAAACGCUUUUACUGCAGGGAAUGGGUCUUCCACAAGAUCCAGCACUGCCUCCAGGAGAAAACCAACAGUCUCGGCGGACUGACCUCCACUCCCAGCAAGCAGACCCCUAUAGUCCCCGCUGGCAGCACACCCAUCCCCGGUGGCCCAACAGCGGGCUCAGUGAAGGCCGGAGCAGCCUGGGGGGUGUUGUUGGUGGGUGGGCCUGGGAGUGGAAAGACGGCACUGUGCACAGAGCUCCUGUGGCCCACCUCGCCUCAGGGCACCCACCGGGGGCUGCACCAGCAGAGCCUGGCCUACCACUUCUGCCGGGCGGAUGACUCGGACACGCUGUGUGUAGGGGGCUUCAUCCGCGGCCUGGUGGCUCAGAUCUGCCGCAGUGGGCUGCUGCCAGGGUACGAAGAGAAGGUGCGAGACCCGGCCGUGCAGAGUGCCCUGCAGCCCGGAGAAUGUGACCGAAACCCCACAGAGGCUUUCAAGAGAUGUGUCCUCCUGCCUCUCCUGGGCGUAAAGCCGCCCCAGCAGGCUCUCUUCCUGCUAGUGGACUCUGUGGACGAGGGCUGCCAGCUGGGCGAGGGGGAGCAGAGGUCCUCCCCCGGCUCUCCCAGGACCAUCGCCGAGCUCCUGGCCAGCCAUCACGAAUUCCUCCCCCCGUGGCUGCUUCUCAUCUGCUCGGCACGUAGGCAGAACAAGGCCAUCACCAAACUGUUCACAGGAUUCCGCAAAAUCAGCCUUGAUGAUCUGCGCAAGGCCUACAUUGUCAAAGAUGUCCAGCAGUACAUCCUGCACAGGCUGGACCAGGAGGAGGCCCUGAGGCAGCACCUGACCAAGGAGACAGCCGAGAUGCUCAACCAGCUGCACAUAAAAAGCAGCGGUUGCUUUCUCUACCUGGAGCGCGUGCUGGACGGUGUGGUGGAGAACUUCAUCAUGCUCCGUGAGAUCCGGGAUAUCCCUGGCACACUCAAUGGCCUCUACCUUUGGCUGUGCCAGAGACUGUUUGUCAGGAAACAGUUCGCCAAAGUGCAGCCCAUACUGAAUGUUAUCCUGGCCACCUGCAGGCCACUCACGGUCAAGGAGCUAUACCAUGCUGUCUGGACCAAAAACAUGACAUUGACCAUUGAGGAGUUUCAAAAGAAGAUGGACAUUCUCUCUAAACUAUUGGUAGAUGGACUUAGGAGUACUAAAAUUCUCUUUCACUACAGUUUUGCAGAGUGGUUACUGGACGUUAAGCAUUGCACCCAGAAAUACUUGUGCAAUGCCGCAGAGGGGCACAGGAUGCUGGCUAUGAGUUACACUUGCCGAGCCAAGCAGCUGAAACCGCUUGAAGUGCAGGAAUUUGCCCUGCACCUCGUCAAUUCCAAUCUGCAAAUUGAGCCAUUUAAUUUGGCUCUUUGGAUGGUUUGGAACGGUACACCUGCCAAAGACUCUCUAACUACAUCCAUACCAAGAGAACAGGAGGUUCUUCAACUCCUGGUCAAAGCUGGUGCCCACGUGAGCAAUGAGGAUGACCAUGCUUCUUGUAUUGUACAACAGGCUCUGGAAAGAGAGGACUCCAUUCGGACAUUACUUGACAAUGGGGCCUCUGUGAACCAAUGUGACUCCAGUGGUAGGACUCUGCUGGCUAAUGCUGCCUACAGUGGGAACCUCGAUGUUGUCAACCUGCUUAUAUCCAGAAGGGCAAACAUGGAGCUGGAGGACAACCAUGGGCAAACUGCACUUACCCUUGCAGCAAGGCAGGGCCACACCAAGGUGGUCAACUGCCUUAUCGGCUGUGAGGCCAAUAUUAAUCACACAGAUCAUGAUGGAUGGACUGCACUUCGUUCAGCAGCCUGGGGCGGGCAUUCUGAGGUAGUAUCGGCUCUGCUCUACGCUGGAGCCAAAGUGGACUGUGCAGACGCUGACAGCAGGACUGCUUUAAGAGCUGCUGCCUGGGGGGGGCACGAAGACAUUGUGUUGAAUCUCCUUCAGCAUGGGGCGGAGGUCAACAAAGCAGACAAUGAAGGAAGAACUGCUCUCAUUGCAGCAGCAUACAUGGGACACAGAGAGAUUGUUGAGCACCUUUUGGACCACGGGGCUGAGGUGAACCACGAAGAUGUAGAUGGGAGAACGGCUCUCUCGGUCGCCGCUCUGUGUGUGCCCGCCAGCAAAGGUCACGCAUCUGUUGUAAGCCUACUAAUCGACAGGGGAGCAGAGGUUGACCACUGUGACAAAGACUGCAUGACCCCACUCCUCGUUGCUGGUUAUGAAGGACACGUGGAUGUGGUUGAUCUGCUCUUGGAAGGUGGAGCUGAUGUGGAUCAUACCGACAACAAUGGCCGCACCCCUUUGCUUGCUGCUGCAUCCAUGGGACAUGCCUCUGUUGUCAACACCUUGCUUUUCUGGGGGGCAGCUGUAGACAGCAUUGACAGCGAAGGAAGGACUGUGCUAAGCAUUGCAUCGGCUCAAGGGAACGUAGAGGUGGUCCGAACUCUGCUGGACAGGGGUCUGGAUGAGAAUCAUAGGGAUGAUGCGGGCUGGACGCCAUUACACAUGGCAUCAUUUGAGGGCCACCGCCAAGUAUGUGAUGCCCUCAUAGAGCAAGGCGCACGUUGUACAGAGGUGGAUAACGAUGGUAGAAUACCCCUGAUAUUAUCAGCACAAGAGGGACAUUAUGAUUGUGUACAAAUUCUUCUGGAAAAUAAGUCAUGCAUUGACCAGAAGGGGUACGACGGGAGGAACGCUCUCAGAGUGGCUGCAUUGGAGGGCCACAGGGACAUUGUAGAACAGCUGCUUAGUCAUGGCGCAGACAUAGACUACAAAGAUGCAGAUGGACGUCCUACUCUUUACAUACUGGCGCUUGAAAAUCAGCUGGCCAUGGCAGAAUACUUCCUAGAAAAUGGGGCAAACGUGGAAGCAAGUGACACAGAGGGCAGGACAGCCCUCCAUGUGUCCUGCUGGCAGGGGCAUGUAGAAAUGGUAAGGUUGCUGAUAAACUAUCAUGCUGAUGUAAACUCCUGUGACAAUGAGAAGCGCUCUGCCCUUCAGUCUGCCGCUUGGCAAGGCCACACGAAAGUGGUUCAAUUUUUGAUAGACAAUGGCACGUGUGUGGACCACACAUGCAACCAAGGUGCAACUGCACUGGGCAUUGCUGCUCAGGAGGGCCACAUCGACGUUGUGCAUAUUCUCCUCGAGCAUGGCGCUGACCCUAACCACGCAGACCAGUUUGGACGCACAGCGAUGAGGGUGGCAGCAAAGGGUGGCCAUUCAGCGAUUAUAAAGCUGCUGGAGAAGUAUGGUGCAACAACUUUAAAUGGCUGCAAUCCCUCACCAGUUCACACCAUGGAGCAAAAAACACCGCUAUCUGUAACAGGGAAAAUGCAGUCCCUCACAAUCAAAUCAAACAGCUCCGGGAGCACCGGUCCUGGAGAUGUGCAGUCAUCUGGACGUGGUCUUCCUAACGGACCCAUCCAUGCUUUCAGUUCCCCAUCAGAGUCUCCUGACUCCACCGUGGACCGACAGAAAUCCUCCCUCUCAAAUAACUCCCUUAAGAGCUCAAAGAACUCAUCUUUGAGGACAACCUCAUCGACGGCCACUGCACAGACUGUGCCAAUCGAUAGUUUCCAUGGACUGACCUUCACAGAGCAAAUCCAACAGCACUCUCUUCCUCGAAGCCGGAGUAGGCAGUCCAUUGUGUCACCUUCUUCCACUACAAAGUCUAUUGGCCACCAGCCAGCAUCUCCAUCCAAUGAUUUUGACUGGUCUCAGCUGAAGACAAGCCUCAAGUCAGCAAAAGGAACCAAGAGUGGAAACGGGACUUCGAAUGGCAAGGGGGCCUCAGGAGACAAGAAAAAGCUCAAAAGCAGCGGACCAACCCAGAGUCAGGUUCUUGAGUAUGAAAUGACCCAAUUUGACAAAAGGAUCGCCCUCAACAAAGCGGUAGCAAAUAUUGCAGUUAAGGAUCCCCAUUGUAAGAUUAUGAUUGGUGGAUCAACCCAACAAGAUGGGGGCCAGGGACAAGAUCAGCUCUUUUUCCAACAGCAGGCCUGUUCAGAGAAGAAGAGGAAUGGCAUCAUGACCAACCCUAACUACCACCUACACGGAAAUCAGGUUUUUCUCGGGAGGGUCUCUGUACCUCGGACUGUGCACAAUAGAGGACACCAGGAGGUUCUGGAGAACUACCCCAUAGUGGAGAAUGAGCUAAGCCUUAAACAAGCCCUGAAACUGCAGAUUGAAGGACCAGACCCUGGGUUUAACUACAAAAAGGAAACUCCAUUAUAGCUGGCAAGAAUCAAUUUUCAAUCUAAUUUCCGAGUUUAUGCUCUGGUUGAAAUAUGUCUUCUCUCAGCAUUUGUCUUGAAGUUCAAAACAAGGUCAGCAUGACAGCACAUAGGCAGUACUUUAGCUGGUCUGUCCAUUCACAGUGUCAUAUGUAGAGGCUAAAGGUUGAAAAAGUAACUGAUAAUUUAAUUUCAUAGCUGUUACUGGUUUGCACUCAAUAAGAGCUGUUGUUAAUUUGGACUUCAUAAGACAUGUGCAUGAUGGAUACGUUCAGAAGAAUGCCACAGUCUCGCCAAGAGGUCUUAUUUUUCCAACAAAGCAUAACUGAAAUCAUUCCUAUGCCAUUUCAAAUGUCUUGAAUGCCAUUUGUCACACAGACAUUGAAGGGAAUGUGCCAAAGCAACUUUUUCAUCCACAUAAGAAACUCAUAUUUCGUUAUCGCCACUCAUCGGUGGGUGACCUCAAGAUGAAAAACAAAACACCCUAGGGAAGAUUGUUGAUCGCUGCCCAAGGUUUUGUGAACUGAUACUUCGAUGUGCCUACAUCUGUUACAGCCUUCUCCAUGUAACCAUGCACACCAUCAUUUUAAUUUAAUGUAUUGAUAUUUAAAACAGUGUAUGCACUUUUUGAAAGAGUAAAAUGACAGACAUGCUUUUGUUCCAUUCUCCCUAUACAUUUUCAUGUGUUUUUGCAAACUAAUUGCUCAAGAGAAACUUACCAAUGCUUUUUUUAUUUGAUAAUACAUAUGUUGUUUUCGUCUGUAGUUUUAUUUUUCCACACUGACAGCAAUGUACCACUGAGUACAUUGUCACAUCGAACCAGUGGACAUCAAAGGUAAUUGAUGCCAUUGUGUGAGUUUCAGCGCAGUGAUACUUUGCCUUUCUAGAGACCCCAAAUAAUCUGUGCUAAUUUUGAUCAGUGUGCUAAACAUGUUAUGUAUAAUAUGUUGAUAGCGAUGGCAAUUUACUCCACAAGUAUAUACAAGCAUAUUUAUUUUUCUGGGAAGAAAAGCCACUUUUGCUACAUUUUGUGUUGUAUGCUCAACCAUGGUGCUGUGUUCAAAAGUUGCCUGCAGUUGUUUUGGACUCAUUUUGUUGGCUAUGUGCAUUGUGUUUUAUUACAGGUUAUCAAGGGAGGGGGAGAGUUCACUGAAAAUGCUAAAAACCCGUAAAUUCAUUUUGUCCCUAUGGGAUUUCAGUUUUGUGUGAUUUUAAUUUUCGUGUGUGCAUUUAGAAUAUUUAAAUAACCCAUUGAAUACCACUGUCUGAGUUUGGUGCUAAAUGCAAUGAUUUCAAGUGAAAGCAAUGAUUGGAAAAAAAAAUGCAUCUGUCUGCAGAGUAACAUGUAUAACCUACUGCAAUGUAAGAAACAAAAUUCAAGCUUUGUUUCACAUAUUAUUGUCACGUGGUUAAUAUGCUCAAAUAAUUCUUACUGGUCUUUUCAGCAGCAGGGGCAUGAUGUAAAACAACUCAAGGAAUUUCAGCCAUUGGGACAAUUGUAGGCUUCAGUGAUUAUUAUGGUUUGAAAGCAUUGUUUGAAAUGUGUACUGUUCAAGCCAAAGUUUGAAACAACAUGCUUUGUUCGCCCCUCUGAGCAGCUGUGUUUCAGUUCAGCAGGGGCUAAAACCCUAACGGGGAUAGAGGCGUGGGGGGUGGGGUUCUUGACUAUGACGCUGGGGGAACUAAAACAUCUGUUUCUCAUGAACUGUGUGGAGCUAAGUUAGCAUUUACAGGCUGUGUCAUAUUUUUGCAGGCUUUUCAUAAUGUUAACAGUGAGCUAUUUUUUGCCAAGAGCUGCGGGAGUCGAAGACCUAGGCUAUCACAUGCAGAAACCCUCAUAAGCCCCAGUCCAAGCUCUCAGCCUGUCAGUGCAGCAGUAGCUCAAGUAUGUGCCAUGAAGGGUCAAAACAGAAGGAUUCGAAGACUGGGUCGAGUUCAGAAGCAGUGUUGAAAGUCAGAUAGUUGUCAAGCAGUUAUCUUGUUUGUCUUGCCUGUGUUUUGUCUGUCACCUUUUGAUUUGACUGUCAAUGAUUGGAUUGUAAAUAGCUUGCCAUGUACAUUAAACUUUCAUUUAAAGAAUUCCUGUAUUAUAUGAAGUGGAAUUUUCUGAUGUAUAUUGAAGUGCUUAAUAAACACAUUUGCUUUACUGCUGGA